AUGCUCCGCGCCGCGAAGGGCGGGAGGCUGGCCUACCGCCGCCUGUGGGACUUGGAGGCGUCGCGCGGCGCGCAUCGGAAGGUGUCCGUCCAGCUGAAAGAGGAGGUACCGGCACUGGGCCCGGCAGGUGACGUGGUGGAGGUGACGGCGGGCUUCGCGAGGAACUACCUGUAUCCGCAGAAGCGGGCGGUGUACGCCAAAUGGCGCACGCCGCCAACGCCACGUGCGGCCCCAAAGAAGGAGGAGGAAGACCACGCCAAAGAAGAUGCAACCAGCAAGUCGGAUCCACGGGAGAACCUGCCACUCAUUAUGAGGCGGUUGCAGAGGACCCCACUGGGUUUUCGUCGAGAUGUGAAGGCGGAUGGCACCAUCGACCAGCCCAUCACGGUGGAGGCAAUCUGCAGGCAGACAUCCAGGUACCUGGGCAUCCACCUCCCAAGCCAGCUGGUGGCGUUGGAAAAACCCAUCACGACCAUUGGCGACCACAAGGUGCCGCUGAGAAUCACACUCAAGGAGAAAGAGGAGCCACAGAUCACAGUGAGGAUCCGAACAAAGGCAAUGGUCGCGCGAACAGAAGAGAGCACUCAAUGA